CAGCUUGAGCGAGGAAAGUUCCAGAAGUUGGUCAACAGAUAAGCACUUCACGAUGGACAGCAGCUUGUCCGAGGACUUUGAACAUGAAGCACGACAGAACUACUGGACUGAUGAAGACGUGAAAGAAGAAGCUGGAAUGUCAGAAGCUGCAUUUAAGGAUGAAGAUGGAUUUCUUGCUGAUUGUUCUGUGGAUAUGGAUGACCCAGAUUGGGAUUUAAGCCUAGGGUCUGGAGAUGUGGAGUUUGAUGAGAGGCAGAGAAGCAACAUAGACAGCACUCGGAUGUUCAAGCUGAGAAGGGACCUGGACCAACUGGACCAUUUUUACAAACAGAAGGAGCUUAAUGUGUUAAAAGCCAGAGAGGAACUGAAAGCCUGUCGUCUUCAUGUGACUGAGCUAGAAAAACAGAGAGACAACUUACAAAAUGACAUAGAAAAGAAGAAGCAGGCAGGGAACAGCGCAGCCGUAUUCCGCCUACGCGCCCAACACAAGUGUGUCUGUGCCGAACUUCAAGCAGAGGAGGAGCUGGAGGCUCAUCUAUCCAUGGUCCUGCAAGAGCACGAACUGGAGCUUUGUCAAGUGGAGGUAGAACUUGGUCAGUACCUAGGUCUGCGUCAGGAGGUGGAAGAUGAAGAGAAGAAAUUUCAGGCCCUGAAACAGGAGAAGUACAAUGAAAGACUUAAAAGGGAGAAGAACAUCGCUAAGGGAGCCAAGCAGAAAGCACUGCGUGCCAAAAAUGAGCAGGAAAAAGCUUUACAAGAGCAAGCAGCGCUUGACCUAAAGAAGCAAGAGCAGAUCCGGGCAAGUCAACAGAAAGCAGUGUUCUUCCUGAAACAGACUCUCAAGAGAAUGCGUGAAAAAGAGGAAGAGAGAGAAAUGAUAAGAAAGGAGCUGAUGAAGAAGAGGAGAGAAGCUGCAAAAUCACUGAGGGCCAAUAUAGAAGCCAGUCAGGAGGCUCUGCGUGUGAGAAAGCUUAAAGAUAAAGCCUGCUUGGAGAAGCAGAAAGAGGAUGAAAAUUGCCAAAAACGUUUGCUCCUAGAAGCAGGAAUGGACAGCAAGAAGCUUAUCCACCUGCACAAAGCACAGGAGAGCUUCUACAGAAAGCAGGAGGAAUUCCUGGAUAGGCAGAAAGCCAGACGGAUGGAGAUAGCCUCCAAACUGCGGCUGGAAGAAGAGCACAAGGAGAGACUGAAAAAACGUCAAUCGCUUCUCAAACAUCCACCAGCACGUGUGACUCAGAGCAUGGUGCUGAAGCGACGUGAGCAAAGACUGAACUUACUGCCUCUACCAGCACACUUAGAGGAAGAGAUAAUUCAGAAUAGGCUCCCAUCCCGCCCUGCGUCUUCUCCUGCAAGCUCUAAAAGUGACAUCAGCACCUCUCUGGAUUGCAUGGAGAAGCAAGGCAGGAGAACAAGGACUGAGGCAGACUUGUUAAUUGAAAAAGAAGGAAAAGAAGACCAAGAGUGUCUGGUCCAACCUGAGUUCAGCGGGCUUUGGAAUCGCAAGCAUGCUAUGAAGCCUGAUAAAGACAUUUCUCUCAAAUCAUCUCUGUCGCGAUCCCUAAAGACAGGCGCGGACAAAACUUUGACUUCCAAAACAACCAAGAAACCCACAAGUGGCAAAGUGCGGAAAGGUCCACCAUUUGCCAGCAAACCAGAAACAGUUGUAUUUAAGGAUUUUGACCUUGAAAAGACAUAUAAGAGAAAGGUUGUACUUACAAACAUCUCUAAUGUCACAAAUUACUGCAGGCUUGUGGGAGUUUCACAGAACCUCACAGAUUUCAUAUCUGUAAGUUUUGAGCCUCCAGGAUCAAUGUCAGCAGGCAUGGCAUGUGAACUAGAGGCCAUUUUUAGACCAUUGAUAAAUGAAGAUUUGGAUGGUGAGAUCCAGUUUCAGUCAGCUGCCGGCCCCUUUUCUGUCAUAAUCAAGUGCAGAACAAAAAGAUGUGAGAUGGUUGUUGAUAGCAGCCUCAUUGACUUUGGCACGCAUGUGGUCGGGGAGACAAUUUCACGGGUAAUCACCCUGACCAACAGGGGGGCACUGGGUACUCGCUAUUCACUGGCUCCCCUCUCCACAAACAGCCUUCAGUUGCCUAGUCUCUCGCAGCAUUCCUCAACUGGCGAACAGGAGCCUGUUGAGAGCAGGAGCGUGAAGGAUGCUGCUUUAUGUCAUGAAAAUUCCAACUGCAUUACACAGAUGGAACUGAAAUCAGGAACAUCCCUUACCAGCUGUGACACAUCUGUAGGUGUUGAGGCUUCAGGAGCUGAUGCUUUGGAGCAGGAUAAGGUCACAGAGGUUGAGCAGGGCCAUGACCAUGAGAUCACUGAAAUUAGCGUUGGCAAAGUACUUGAGGGUGAGGUGGGCCCAUUCGCUAGUGUCAAACUGCCCAUCAUUUUUACACCGACCAUCCCAGGAGAAACUAAGCUAGAUAUUAAGAUCACAUUUUCACAACCCAACUGUGAAGCGUUAGUGGUGUCAGCCUACGGUGUGGCUGAGUGCGUUCCUGUGUGGGUGACCAAGCCGAGCAUGGACCUAAAGAUCUGCAUGUAUGAUCGUCUUUACCAAGACAGCAUUGAAGUGCAAAGCAGGGCCAGCACAGCACUCAGAUUGACAUUUGAAGUGUGUAAGGAGCUGAAGAAUCACCUGGACAUACUGCCUAAAACUGGUUAUGUUCAAGCAAAGUCCAACUUUCGAGCCCAGCUCAAAUUCCUGCCCAGAUGUAGCCUGCCAGAGGACGCCAAGUCCUUCUUUGACCAGGACACGGGAGUCCUGGAGGUACCUCUGAAUAUACAGGUGGCUGAUCAGGUAAAGCCUGUUCUCUUCACUGUCCAUGCGAUUGUGACCACUUCUGAUUUGACGUUUGACCAUACCAAGGUGGAUUUUGGCCACUGCACCGUUUUCGAGUCUGUUCAGACCACCGUACGUCUCAACAACCUCUCUUUAUUGCCACAGGACUUCGGUUUUGUGGGCAUUCCCAAGUUCAUUGAUAUUCAGCCUAAUGAUGGUUUUGGCACGCUGCUCCCUCAGCAGACGUUGGAAAUUGAUCUGAUCUUCAGUGCUCCCAAACCAGGCGAUUACAACUUUCAAAUCACCUGCAAGUCAGGAAUUAACAGAGACUUUGUGUUGCCAUGCCAUGCAAUCGGGGUGCGCCCCGUGCUGGAGCUCUCUAAUUCACUGGUGCGGUUUGGAGCCACAGCAGUAGGAGAUCGGUCCAUAGCUGUGCUUCACAUACUGAACUCUCACACUAGCCUCAAUGAUUUUACAGGCCCAAUGCCUAGAAUUGGCAAGGGCCCUGUCUCUCCUGUGGGUGCCAGAUUCUUCACAUUCACUCCUCCAGAAAACUCUGAAAUUACACUGACCCCCACUACAGGACGUGUGCUACCUGGAGAGAGGUGUCUGGUUCAAGUUACGUUUAGCCCAUUUCUGUCUGAUGCCAUCAUCAAGGCCAAGGCUGCUCAGCUGCUAUCUCAGAAGGAGGAGCUACAGAACCAAAAUGAGAUACAGGAGGAACCAAAGAAAGUCAAAAGUGCCCUAAAUCAUAACUCAAGCAAGCUGAAUGAGAAGACCAAGAAAGGGUCCCUGUCUCCCAAAAGUGAGAGUCCUUUGCAGGCCCUGAACCCAGAGGACACAAAGAAAGACUUAAAUGAGUAUACUGCUGCAAAGGCCUCUCUACUCCAAACUUUCACGGAGACAUGCAACCGUUACAUCAUCCCAUGCUUUAUUUCUAAUGGAGACAUUACACACCAAAAGGAGACAGGGGAACCCUUAUACAGUCCAUAUAACACACUGUACCUGGAGCUGCAUUGCCCAGCUGUUCGACCCAUGCUGAUGGUCAUAUCUGACAGCGGUGAAACGACUAUCAACUUCAACCAGGUGGCAUUAGGUCAGAAGGUUUUGAAAAAAGUGACAGUACAGAACAUUUGUUCAGAGUUUGUGAAGCUGACGUCUUCACUGCUGGACAUAAACGGACCAUUUGCUGUGUUGAAUGCGAUGAGAGGAGUCAGGCCUGGAGAGACACACACACUUGUGCUGGCUUUUACACCAGCUUUAAGCAAAAAGUAUCGUGAAAUACUGGAGGUGAGCUGCAGUACAAUGACUCUGGAGUUCACGCUUUGUGGAGAAGGCAUCCAGCCUCUCGUCACUUGCACACAUGAGGGACCAGUCCUGGACUUUGGAUAUGUGCUGGAAAAACAGAGCUCUAGCCAAGUGCUUACGCUUCAAAACUCAUCCGAUCUGCUUGUACAGUUUAGAGUGUUGUUGGACAGCCUCAGUUUCCCCAAACACAAAGACACACGCUUGUUUCCAUCAUUUCUUUCUGAGUAUUCCACACCAUGCACAACUCUGGGCACUCAGAAUUACAGCGGUCAGAGUGUGUUUAGUGUGUCACCCACAGAGGGCAUCAUCGCCCCCGGUAAAGUUCAGGACAUCGCUGUAAUGUUUCAACCUGAUCAUGAGAGUCUACAUUACCGAGAUGCACUCCGUAUACAACUUAUGAACCAACAAACAGUGUGCAAUCUGGAGUUGCGCGGUGCAGCACGGUGCCACAAUAUGUUUGUGUGUGGUGGUGAUCCAUUAGACCUGUGCUCUGAAUCACUCAUCCAUCCAAAUAUAUACAGUGCAGACAAGACAGAACACGCAGAGAGGGAGAAGUUGCCCACACCCCUGUUGCUGACUCUAAGGAGUGUGUAUCGUGAGGGCCAGGUGACAGCCGCAGUGCGGGAGUUAGAGGUGGGCUGUAUCCACAGCUCACAACCACAAAACAAGAAGAAUGGGGAGUUUUUGUGGGAGAACCUAACUGGUCUUCAGCAGCAUGGGUUCAGUGUGGACCCCACUAAAGGAAGUGUAGAUGCAGGUCACAGACGCAUCAUCACUGUCACUUGGACACCUCCUAUUGGACACAUGCCCAACAAGGUGGUACAGAUGUGUGUUCCACUGAUACUGAAAGGAGAUGAAACUGAGGUGUACAGUGUCACUCUCCUGGCCUACACGUCCGAGCACACUGAUUCUGGAUAAGACUUCAGUCAAAUAUAAAUCAUAAACCUUCCUUGUUUUGGUUAUUGUUAUAUAUCAUUAAAGAUGUUCAGUUUGUUAUUAUAUAUACGUAUAUACUGUAUAUAAACUGGCCAACCAAAAAAAAAGUUACACACUCCAAGGUGACCAAAUGUUUCCUCAUGCUCCCAGAACCACACUUUCACAUUUUGUGUCUUGAAAUGUACCCGUGCCAUCAGGAAAGAAAAAGUUUAUUGAUGUGAUAACCUGGUCAUUCAGUACAUUAGGGUCGUCAGCUGACUUUGUUUUAUUGCCAGAUAACGUUGCUGAGACUAGCCCUGACCAACUGCCUCCAGAGGGUUGUACAGUAGGCACUGUGCUUGAUGGGUGCAUAGCUUCAUGUGUUCCCUUCUUAACCCCGAUACACCCAUCACACUGGAAUAUGGUCAGUUUGGACCCAUUAGACCUCAUAACUUUUUUUGGUCCAAAAU